AUGGCUCCUACAUCGAGAGGAGUUGAAAUGAUAAGCAUCGUUACGGUGCUUGUUAGUCUCGCAUUUUUAGCAGUCAUUCUACGCAUAGUCGCCCGAUUCAAACGCAAAGUACAUUUUGGGGUGGACGACUACCUAUGCUUCGCAUGCAUGCUCCUGCUAAUCGGCAUGCUCAUUGAACUCUCACUUUGGGUUACCAUCGGCGGCAACGGCUCUCAUCAAAGCAACUUGAGCAACGAGACAAUGAUGAACUUCUACAAGAUCUUCCUCGCCAACCAAUUCACCUACUUCUCCCUCUGUCCCCUCAUCAAAGUGUCAAUCGUCUGCUUCUACCGCCGCAUCUUCACCACCCGCACCUUCCAAUGGACAUCCUUCAGCAUCAACGUCCUCAUAAGCCUCUGGGGCCUGGGCGUCUUCCUCGCCUGCGCUCUCCAAUGCCGCCCCCUAAAAGCCUACUGGGACCAAAGCGUCGACGGCCAAUGCCUAGACGGCUAUACCCUAAUCGUUGUCAACCAAAUCUUCAACGUGGUCAUGGAUUUCGUCCUCCUAGCCCUCCCCAUCCCCUUAAUCUGGGGUCUCCACCGCGCCUGGCAAGACAAACUCGCCAUCAACGGCGUCUUCGCUCUCGGCGGCUUCGUUUGCUUCGCGAGUAUCUUCCGCGUUGUCGUCCUCUUCUGGAUCAAUGAGUCGGAUAUGACCUAUACCGUCUAUCAAGCUACGCUAUGGACGCAUAUUGAGCCCUCCAUUGGGCUGAUUUGCUCUUGUCUGCCCACCAUCCGAGGCCUGUUUCCGAGAGGAAAGCUCUCGAGCAAUAACUACAAGUACCGGAACGAGGUCCCCUAUUAUGGGAAUACCGAUGUCAGUACCUCGAACUUUGUGGCUACGGGUCGCAAGACUUCCACUGCGGAGUCUAUUAAGUUGGAAAAUGGUGUCCCGAGAAGGUCGGAUUCGAGUGAGGGCGGUCUGCCCUCCAGUGUUAAGAGUAAUGAUACUAGCUGGCUGGAUAUUACCGUUCGCACGGAGAUUGAUGUUAGGCAAGAUCAUCUGCCGCGGUAUUUGAGAUGAGGUCGAUGGACUGUCGGACUUGGUUCUUCUACAGACCUUCUUUCGCCUCGGCUUUUGUAUAUGCCAGUCGAGCUUGACGCUCUUGUGGCGAGCAGCGCCGUUAUGAGCGAUCGUGUCGGGGUGUUUGACAUCCAUCCCCCUGAGCUUCGAUUUUAUGCAUCGUGCCUGAAAUGGUACAGACCAAUCCGCAUAGCGGUGUCGCGCACAGCUAUAUGGCACGUCGCUGUAUCCCUGCGCGUGCAUAUGCUACGACCUGCCACAGCAGAUGACAUUUGUCUCUUUGCAUACACAAAGAGGCAACUCGGAAUUGUCCAUGGGUACACAGACUUGGAUGCCCCUUUGGCUUGAGACAUGGCCAAUUUUAAUAAUCAUCCGAGCCGCUCGAUACAUCACUUCCGACACAGGUCACA